AUGUAAAUAUUGCCUCCUGCAGAAAGAGUUCUACAUUUUUGUGAAAGCAAGAACUGGUUUAAUUCAAGACAUGCUAAUAAAACAAAAGAGAAAUAUUUGAAAACAGAGAAGGAAUUGUUUGAUGAUGUAAUCUUAACAGAAACCUUUCAUUUGAUUGACAGAGAUCAUUCGAGUAAGAGAUGAA